AUGAAUUACCUUUUCUUUUUUAUAGUCACCUUACUUCCCCAUUUUGUUCUGUCUGUUAUAAUUCCUAUAAAGCCUUUUGAUAUUGGAAAUGCUACUCUGAUUGAACAAAGUUUGUAUGUAAUCGCAAAUCAUACUUCUCCCCUUUCUCUAUUGAAGAAGAGCAAUAAUGCCUACAUCGAAAUUGACAUUGAUAUGCAGUCAAAGAUUUCAGAAACGGAUUCUUUCGCGGAAAUGGAAAUGUUAAUUGCGUCAGUUGAAAAGUAUAAUUCCAUCGGCUAUAUGGAAGACGGAAAGCAGAUUAUAUGCUGUGAUUCCAAGGCAUACGAAAAUAAGCGGUGUUCCAAUCCAAACAAGUUUAUUAUUAAUCAAGAACCGAGCAAAGAUCUCUUCUACAAGCGAUUUGUCUUUACGGGAGAAAAGCAGCAAGCUCGCCUCCUAUUCCCUGUCCCUAAAGAUAACACUUAUUUCGUGAUCCUGGGUGUCUGCGAUCCCUCCGUCCACAAUACUCACAUCUCCGGCCAUAUCACUGCGAUGAGUUCCUAUGGCCAUCUUCCCGGUUCCACGUUCGGUCUGCUUCCGUUCAUGAAAGUCAUGGCUGUUUUCUUCUCCGUGUUGCUCUGCAUCUGGAUCUAUCGCUGCUGCUCCUACCGCAAAGAGCUGAUGAGCGUGCAUCUGCUGAUCUUCGUAGUGCUGAUCACUCUCAUCGCCGACUGCAUCGGGCAGGUCUGGAGCCUGUCGCUCUUCAAUGAGAACGGAGUGUACAGCCAGUCCGUCACCGUUCUCUCCCUCAUCACUUCGGCGUUCACGCGCGCUCUGUCUCGCUGCAUCGCGCUGGCGUUGGUGCUGGGGUAG